CCGAAGUAGGGUUUCAGUGGGUUUACUGAUGGGUGUUGUGCGGGUUUUUCUCCUAGAUGGUGUAGAUAAAUUGACCGUGUCUCUUGGAUACCUUCACGUACGUAGAGCAGUUCGACGUCUCAGAAUGUCUGCCAUGGAAGUGACGGAGACACCUGCUGCUGAGUCAGAAGAAAUGAAAGAUCAAGUCGAGGAGAUGCAACAGCAGAAACUUGAGGAAACGAAAAAGGAAGAAACACCUGCUCAGGAGGAAACAACAAAAGCAGUUGAUAGUGCCCUAUCCCAUCCUUCAGCUACUUCCGAAAACACUGAAACAAGUGCAGAAUCGGAAAAAAAAGAUACACCUCAGACUGGUGGGGAGAGUGGAAGUGGUGAUACUGCGACUACGGCAAGUACCACUAUCCCGACGCGCCAGUAUCUGGAUCAGACUGUUGUGCCAAUUCUGUUGCAAGCUUUGGGUGCAUUGGCCAAAGAACGUCCACCAAAUCCGAUCGAAUAUCUGGCCAACUAUUUGCUUAAGGAGAAGGAUCGUUUUUCGACAUCAUUCAGUCAGCAGCAGCAGCAGCAAAAUGAAUCCAGUCAUUAA